GGCAACUGAGAUGUUCAUAUUUGUCCACAGUCACCAGAGGUAGUGGCCAAGCUCCAAGAUGAGGCUGAUUCUGUUUUAGGGGAUCGAUUUCCAACAAUUGAGGAUUUGAAGAAGCUGAAGUAUACUACUCGAGUGAUUAAUGAAUCAUUGCGACUUUAUCCACAACCACCUGUCUUAAUUCGUCGUUCUCUUGAAGAUGAUAUGCUCGGCGAGUACCCCAUAAAAAGGGGUGAAGAUAUUUUUAUCUCUGUGUGGAAUCUCCAUCGAAGUCCUAAGCAUUGGGUCGAUGCUGAGAAAUUCAAUCCAGAGAGAUGGUUGUUGGACAGGCCAAACCCAAACGAGAGCAAUCAAAACUUCAGUUACUUGCCAUUUGGUGGUGGAUCGAGGAAAUGUGUUGGAGACAUGUUUGCUACAUUCGAGACAGUGGUUGCAAUGGCAAUGCUAGUUAGAAGAUUCAACUUCCAAAUAGCCCCAGGAGCUCCUUCAGUAGAGAUGACCACUGGCGCGAUGAUCCAUACAACCGAAGGUUUGGAGAUGACAGUCACACGGAGAACAAUCCCACCGGUCAUCCCUAAUUUGGAGACCAAAGAACUAACAUUCAACGGUAAUCAACAACUCAGAUCAAACCUCUCGGAAGCAACAUCAGUUAUCAGUAGUGUACAUGAAGAGGAUCAGCAAGGUGAAAUCUCUACAACCCCUGUUUCAUAA